AAAGGGCCUAAAAGAAUCAUCAAAAUAAAAAAGAAAAAAAAAACUUGAAUCUUUUUUAAAUCAAUAGACAUUAAGAUAAACAUAACUUUUCAGUGACGUGGAACUAUGACCUAAAAGAGAUGGUAAUGGGAUGUUGCCAACUCUCUCCCAUCCGGUGGAAAACUUCUAAUUAGCAAAAUAAUCCAUUAUUAUAAGUAGACAUGCACGGUCCCGUAUUCAAUUGCCUCAUCUUCUCAUUUGUCUCUUUCCUCUUCUGUUCAUUGCACUGAGAUCCUGAUAAACCAACAAACAGCUCAUGUUCUUGCCAAUUGUACACGUCUAUUUCUCACCAUACCUCGUUUUCUUGAACUGAGAUUGUUUAACCAUAUGUAUAUAGUGUCACAACAUUGAUCAAGGGAAGGGUAGAAAACAGACAAUGACUCAAACAAGUGCAGGAUUACGGAGACUGGUGCAAUCUUUGCAACUUGGUUCUUUUCAAUCGAAGCUUGGAGCUUACUUUAACUGUGCAUCUUCUCUGGAACAAAUUUGUGAUCAUAACUUCAGUGGCGAUGAAUAUGCUGAUGUUGAUUGGGACAAUCUUGGAUUUGGUCUCAAGCCAACUGAUUAUAUGUACGUAAUGAAAUCUUCCAAAGAAGGGCAGUUUGAGCAAGGACAGCUACAUCGCUAUGGCAACAUUGAGUUGAGUCCUUCUUCAGGAAUCUUAAACUAUGGGCAGGGACUCUUUGAAGGUACAAAAGCAUAUAGAAAAGAAGAUGGAGGCCUUCUCCUAUUCCGUCCUGAUCAAAACGCUACCCGAAUGAAGAUUGGUGCUGAAAGAAUGUGCAUGCCUUCUCCUUCCAUAGAACAGUUUGUCGAUGCAGUAAAACAAACUGCCAUUGCUAACAAGCGUUGGAUUCCUCCUACAGGGAAAGGGACUUUAUAUAUCAGGCCAUUGCUCAUGGGCAGCGGUCCUGUAUUAGGUGUGGCACCAGCACCCGAAUACACAUUCCUGGUAUAUGCUUCCCCUGUUGGUAAUUACUUUAAAGAUGGCUUUGCACCCUUAAAUUUGUAUAUUGAAGACGAAUACCACCGCGCAUCUCGUGGCGGAGUUGGAGGAGUAAAAACAAUCAGCAAUUAUGCCCCAGUUCUAAAAGCAAUAAAUAGAGCAAAUAAAAGAGGGUUUUCUGAUGUGUUGUACCUUGACGCUUUGAAUAAGAAAUAUUUGGAGGAAGUCUCAUCUAGUAACAUUUUCCUUGUCAAGGGCAAUGUAAUUUCAACUCCUGCUACAAAUGGUACUAUUCUUCCAGGGAUCACCAGAAAAAGCAUCAUAGAAAUUGCACAAGAUCUUGGUUACGAGGUGGAAGAACGAGCUAUUCCGGUUGAUGACUUGAUCAAUGCAGAUGAAGUUUUUUGCACUGGAACUGCUGUAGUUGUUGCUCCUGUUGGCAGUAUUACUCAUCAAGAUAAAAGAAUGGAAUACAGAACAGGUGGUCAAUCUGUAUCCUGGAAGCUGUACUCAGAUCUUGUAGGAAUACAGAUGGGUCUAAUCAAGGAUAAGAAGGGAUGGACAAUUGAAGCUACUUCCAUUGACCAAAACAUUCGUGGCCCUCUAGAAGACGACUCGGCCGUAAAAUUUGAGGAUUUCAUUGAAAAGUCUCGAAAUUCAAUCUGGUUUCGAAAUGAGAGGAAUUAGAAGGAAGAGAGGUAUUCUUCUAUAUUCACCGAAUAAAUGUAUACUUAUUAAUUCCUAUGCCUGUAAAAGAGCAUUAGUUCCAAAAGACAUGGGAAAGACUACGCAAACUAAUGAUUACAAGUUUAUACAGCGGGCAUAAACCAUAUAAAGGUUUAUAUCUAAUGACAAGACUUCUAGUAAGUGAGGCAGCAGGGAGAGCUUCCACUGAUUCCUUGCCUUCCUUCUUAUUUUCUUUUUGGUUUUGGCUUCCUAAAGUUUGAUAUUUGUUUUCAUAUGUUAUUUGGGCAGAAAUUGGGGAAUUUAUGAACACCCCUUCAGCUUUGGCAUAUCCUGCAAUUACAUUUCUUAUUUUUUAAUAAUAUAUACUUUCAUUUUUCGUGUUAA